AUGUUGGGGAUGCCGGUGUCCAAGUCAAACAACGGCGACGCGGACCGCGGCGGUUAUGAAUAUGGUGAGUACGAUGGGGUGAUGGACGUGGAGGCAAUACUGCACACGACGGGCGGUGCGCCGCCUAACCCGACCAGCACCUCCACUUCGACCGACGGCGAUGUCGACGUGUACGGGAACUACAUGAGCCUUCAAGGCGAUCACCGAAACGGAGGCACCCCUACGUCGCUUGGUCGCGGAGCGCCUCGCAAGCCAACCCGCACGAAUGCGAGCUCUCCCUGUAACGGAGAAAGACAGUCCGCCAUGCCGUCCUCGACAACGACAACACCACGCUACCGUGUAGCAGUGGCCGGCGACAACCCUGACGGGGCUGCCGCCCCGACUUCGGGGCGCCGCGCGGAUGGCCCGUACCCCUCGGCCGAGGUGGACUCACACGACGCUAGCACUUUCUCCACCCGCCAGAGCAUACGAAAGUCGAUCCAUGUAGACGACGUGGUGCAUCUUCCUGCGAUCGUCAACCAGCAGCAGGUGCGCAAAAAAGCAACUGACGCCUUCCCUACUCGCGCCCGGGUGGCUGCAUCGGCACCUGACACCUCAUACGCGGCUACCUCAACCACCAUCAACAACGGUAACACCCGCGCUGUCGGAAGUGGCGCCCAGUUAGUGACCAGCGCUGGAAACCUCGAGUCGCUGCAACCCCCUAGCGACAGCUACGACGCCACUUCAAGCAAGCAAUACAACGGACCUGCUGCGGCAGAGAGGCAUAAGCCGCCAUACCAUGCGCCGCCGCUCUCGCCGCUGCCAACGAAGGGCCGUCACAGAGCCAACAAUCCCAACGGUAUCAGUGCAACACGCAGUGUUACAGUUGGCAGCAGCGUUGACGCCAGUCUCCAAGACGCCGGUACGUGGCAUCGAUCCGCCAUAGACGGGACAGUGAAGCGUGACGAGCCUGUGGGAACAGACGAGGGCGGCUACAUGAAUGGCCACUGUGGCAGGGCAGCGACACACGACACGACGGGCAGCAGCAACACUGCCACCACUUCUAAGACGAACGGUUGGGUAAAGGAAGAGGCGCGCCGGCUUGACCACCGCACCUCCGUCUCGCGCAACACGGCCCCCCUAUCCACUGGUGGUCCGCAGGCUGUUGGGGACGCUAUCAACGACUUCAAGUCGUGCAACAAUGGCCACCAAGUCGCCUCAAAGUUCCCACCGGAGCGCAUGACGGAGAAGCCGAGUAAAGGCAGCAGCAGCAGCGUCAAGCGCCCAUCUGCUGGCGGCAGAGAUUCAGCUCUGAGCCACAAUGACAACGAAGACGGCAACACGCGCACGAAGGUGAACACUUCACCGGCGCUGGUGACCCCCAAGGCGCACGUCUGGGCUGGCGACUACGAGAUGGCCAGUACCCCAGGUGUCAGCUCAACAAGCUUCAGCGCUGUGCCGAUGCCCAAGAUCAGUCCAUUGCGACCCUUCGCAGGCGGACUCAAGCUGUCGACGGCUGUGAAAGGCAGCGCCGAGUCUUCUCCGCAGACGCUUCAUCCUUCUCCGGCAGAAGCCAUAGCGGCCGCCUCCGGCAACGGCGUCACGUCGCCGACAGAGACCGUCAUCACGCCGCUGCGGAAGGUGUUCACACGGCGGCAGAAGCCAGUGUCAAACAACAGCGGAGUAGCUGCACAGGCGACGCAGAGCACGUCCCCCGCGACGGCGGCCACCGCUACCCCUAGCCGCUCCGACACCGUGGCCCAGAGCUCGGGUGCACCCUCGUCCCCAGCACUGUCGAAGACGGCAUUGGGGUCUGGUAAUGCGAUAGCAGCGGAGAAAGACAACAAGCCACCGUCUUCCCUGCACACGCCGACCUUGUCACACCGACGUAUCAUGAACGCUGUGAACACCAACCAGCACCCCCACGCCCACUACCCAAGCACAGGGGAGAAGGCCUCUCUAACCUCCGGCUCUAGCCGUGUGACAUCGCCCGACCAAGCAGGCGCUAAUGGGAUGAGCUUACCGUACUCGGACGAGCGUCGGGCAGCGUUGGAAGCGUGGGCAGACGUUCCGGUGUUAACCAUCACAAUUCGAGGCCAGAACCUGACGCCGACCCAGAGGGCGCGCGAGACGGCGAAGAUGCUCGCACGUCCCACAGAUGCGCAGCAGGCGCACGCCCCUCUGAAUGGGCAGGGUCGUCAAGAGGUGGCAGGCGAGCCGUGCGAUUUGAACUAUGACGGGCACAACGUUGUGGUCCAGCUACGUCACCGCAACAGGCCUCUGAUGAUGAAUUACCCACCUCGUUUGCCUCUAGAGAUGGACAUACGGCAACGCAUGCGCCGUCAGCGCACACCCCGCAGCUUCUACGGAAACCGCAUGCCGCACAUCGGGGACGUGUGGUUCAAGGGCGCCUUGAAUGACGCGCGCAUGGUGAACUCGCCCGAUAUCGAGUCCAUGGAGAAGCAUGAAGAGGCGGAGUUCAUUCGCAACGGCGGUGACCCGGCAACCCGGCGCAACCGCUACGGACAGGCAAGCAACGCGCAUGGUCAGGGGCAACAACACCAAAGGCCACCUCAGCGCGGCGACGGUGGCGGUGCUGAUGCUGGGGCCGACAUCGAUGCAACAAACCGAAACGCCAUGCCCAUGGAGCAGCGGGCGUCGUAG